AUGCUUCACCCAUCACACAGCGCCUCCAACUCUCCUCCCAAGGCCCCCAGUCCCCCGGUGCCCUCAAGAACUCACAAUGACCGAAAAGACCAACGGCGCGAGGGUUGGCGCCGCCGCCGCUGCCGCCACCACCACCGGCAGCAGCAGCAGCAGCAGCAGCAGCACCACCACCACCACCACCACCACCACCACGAGGGGCACCAGCCCCAGCACCAACAACACCACCAGCAGCAACAGCAGCAACAGCAAGAGCAGCGGUGGGGGUGGAGGAGGGGGCCUAGACUACAACAGGUGGACAAGGGGCGCCUGGUUCGAGUAAUGAACACCAUUUUGGCUUCCUCCGUGUUUUUGUUUCUGUUGUGCUUCCACUUUUGCCGUGACUUGCCUCCAUCUCAUGUGUCUUUCGCCGUAACCUAUCUGAGGCUCCCUUGCGUCACGGGGGUCUGCUCCUUGCUCAAUUCACGAUUCUUCGCCGCUCCGCUCUCUCUGUUGCUCAUGGCUUGGACAUCCAAGGGCCAAGUCUUUACCUCAUUCGCUACCUCUAGACGAGCAGCGAAGUCUCACAGCGCCAACAUUAACAGCAGAAUGCAGAACCGGAAAUGUGCUUCGCCCGGUAGCAGACUCUUUUUGCUCGCCCCCCCUCCUCCAGGCGCACAGCCUAGCAAGCAUUUCGACAACUCGAUCGACUGCUUUAGAAAAGUCAUUCGUGACGAGGGUUUCAGGGGUUUACUCAACCUCGCUGCCUCUCGUGGCAGCAACACAACACACCACCGUUGGGAGGAUUUGUGA